AUGGACGAGACAAAGUUGAAGGAGGGGUUAGGUGCAAAUGUCAGGACGGGUUUUGUGGGGGAUGGAUUUGCCAGAGGUGUAGGAUGUUUGAAAUGGAUAGCCACUGGGUUGGCCUUGGUGUGCUUAAUUGGAUUGCAUUAUAAGCUGAUACACCUGAAAGUAGCAAUUAUAAUAGAAUCUAAUUCGGUUUCUUGGACAACCUGCAUCAAGAACGGAGUGGAAGCAAAUGGCACCAUUGCUGCGCUAAAAGACAGAGGAAAAAAAGUUUCCAUUCUAGCUGGAGUUGUUGGCCCGGUAUUCAAUAUUGCCUCCAUAAUUGCGCUGUUUUGUCUGUUAAAAAGGCCUGAUAAAUCCAGUGCAUAUGACCUUGACCAGGCACUUUUUCAUGGCACAAUCUCAUUCAGGAAAGCUUGUAGAACUCGAUUAUUCACUUACCAAGAGCUGGAGGAAGCCACUAAAGGAUUUGAAGAUAGUCAGAAACUUGUGCAUAGCAGGAAUGGAAUCAUUUAUGCAGGGGUCCUUGGAGAUGGUUCACAUGUAGCUGUGCACAAGGUACAGUUCCAAGAUCAAAGAGACCUGAUGCAGGUCCUAUCCCGGAUUGAGGUUUUAUCUGCAGUUUCACACAGGAAUAUGGCACGUCUCCUUGGAUGUUGUAUUGACUCUAGCUACACUCCAUUGGUGGUCUAUGAGUAUCCUGGAAAUGGUACCCUGGUGGAACAUCUGGGCCAAAGCAGAGGACUCAAAAAAAUUGGCCUGGAUUGGUACAAGAGAAUGAACAUUGCUGCUGAAAUUGCAUGCUCCAAGAACAAAGACCUCCCAGCUGUAGCGAUGCAGAAUAUCAGGAAUGGAAAGCUAGAAGAAAUUGUGGAUCCAGGUAUUUAUUAUCAUGAGCAACCCCCACUUCGCAGAAAGCAAAUAGAGAUAGUUGCAGAUAUUGCAGAUGCCUGUCGUUUGGUGGAGAUGGCAAAAUUGGGAUGA